AUGGUACCUGGUCAAACAAUGAUAGGUGGUGAACAGAUGAAGAAUGCUAGUGUCUUUGGGCAGCAAUAUCCGGUUAAUGAGAUGCAGCAACAGCAAUAUUUUGGCAAUGGGGCUAUUGGAACAGCAGCUCCGGAUGGACAUGCAUUUUUCGGAAACGGUGUACUACCAUCGCCGAGUGACAGUGAUAGAAGCAGUACAGCGAGCAUGCAUGACAUGGGCGAUGAGGAUUGUGUCGACAUCCAAAGUAUGCUUCAGAUGCAGCAAGAUGGAAUGCGAUUUUGCGGUCAGAUGAACGGAAUGAAGUCAGCCUUCCGCGCCAUAGCUACUUUCAAUAUGAACUCUGCGCAAACACCGCCGACAGAAGAACAACGUCCUUCACCGUUCCCUCGACACUCUGGUACCGUACACCUCUGGCACUUCAUCCGUGAAUUACUUGACCAUCCCAAUAAACAAUAUGGAUCGUGUGUUCGUUGGGUGGAUCGCGACGAGGGAACAUUCAAGAUUGAAUCCUCUCAUCAUCUGGCCAGAUUCUGGGGACAGCGCAAGAAUCGCGCACAGAUGAACUACGAUAAGUUGUCGCGUAGUCUCCGGCAGUAUUACAAAAAAGGUAAAGUCAGCUGAUU